AUGGCAGCAUUUUCGCCUCUGACAGAUCCGUCAAUUGGACCUUCUUUGAGGAGUCGUGGCCCUUUUGCUGACCCGGAUUAUACCCCAGAGUUCGGCAGUGAUUCGAUCUCAGAGUCCAAGAUCCUCGUGAUUGGGGCAGGAGGACUAGGGUGUGAGAUUCUAAAGAAUCUGGUGCUGAGUGGCUUUAGAGACAUACACGUUAUUGAUAUGGAUACGAUAGAUGUUUCCAAUCUGAACAGACAAUUUCUGUUUCGAAAAGAAGACGUGGGGCGUUCCAAAGCAAUAGCGGCGUCUGAGUUCGUGAUGAGACGCAUUCGGCGUGGCGUGCGCAUAACGCCUUAUUUCGGCAAAAUCCAGGAUAAGCCCAAGGAAUAUUAUCGUGGAUUUACGCUUGUGAUUUGUGGAUUGGACAGUGUUGAAGCACGAAGAUGGAUAAAUGCCACUUUGGUUGAUCUCGCCGCAGAAGGUGAUAUCGUCCCAAUGGUGGAUGGAGGCACCGAAGGGUUCCGAGGCCAAACAAGGGUGAUAAUACCAACUAUUAGCUCCUGCUACGAGUGUUCGCUAGACCUUUUGCCUACCAAGAGGACUUUUCCUGUUUGCACGAUCGCCAAUACACCACGACUACCCGAGCACUGUAUAGAGUGGGCUCAUCAACUCUUAUGGCCAAAAAACUUCCCCCAGCGCAAGUUUGAUGCGGAUUUGGAGCAGCAUGUUGACUGGAUUUACGAUCAGGCGCUUUUCAGGGCAAAUGAGUUUGGAAUUGAAGGCGUAACCAGGAGUUUGACGUUGGGAGUCGUGAAAAACAUCGUUCCCGCGAUAGCUUCCACGAACGCCAUUAUAGCGGCUUCUUGCUGUAACGAAGCCUUCAAGUUUGUGACCAGCUGUAAUCCAGUUCUGGACAACUACAUGAUGUAUUCUGGUGACCAAUCGGUGUACUCCUAUUCGUUCUGUCUGGAGAAGAAACCCGAUUGCCCAGUAUGCGGCAGUCUGGCCCAGGAUUUGACAGUACCUAGAUUCUUCACAUUGCAAGAGCUACUAGACUUGGUGGCGGAAAAACCAAAGUUUCAGCUUAAAGCCCCUUCUGUGGCUACAUCGGACAGAAACCUUUACCUGAGGUUCCCCGAGCAACUGGAGACGUUGACUCGACCGAACUUGGAACUGAAGCUGAUCGACCUCAUUUCGGAGUCUGAGGAGCUUCUUAUCACUGACAGGAGUUUGCCAUUGUCGCUGAAACUACGAGUCAGGUUUACCGGGGAUAGUGAGAGACCCAAAGAUUCUGGAAAUCUUUCAUUGAUAAGGUGA